AGAGAUUAUUCAGAUGUGCUCAACAUGCAGUCGUUUAAAAUAAUAUAUAAUGAUUGUGUAUUGCGAAUAUAACAACAACAGAGUUUCCUUUCAAGUCCACAUUUUCAAUUGGCGGCGUGCCUCCAGAUUAACUACUCAGUUGCCUGCACCCGAAGAGAUUGAAACAAUCAGGAGUUCAGCGCGCCUCCUCAAAAACACUGAUUUCUUCAGAUUUCUUCAUUGAAAACAAAGUGAGGCUCGGCUUCAAGAAGGUUGAAAAGCAGUGCAGUAGAGCAGCCAUGGAGAGGGGGGUUCAAACCCUCCAGCGGCUUCUGCAGCAUCCUCUGCUGAAGACGGAGACCCUCAACCCCAAGACAUGGCUCAACUCCCAGCAGGUGAAGGGAUUCACGGACCUCAUACUGCAGCGGGACACCACGGAGCCUGACACCAGCUAUGACAACACUGUGAUGCUUUUAGAGACAGAAAAGGAGUACAUUGAGGCUGCAAAGAGGAAUGAUGUGGAGGCCAUGAAACUGAAUGGGAGAGGAGUGAAUGUCAACGCCAAGAAUGUGCACCAUCGCACUGCUCUGCACUACGCAGUGGCCUUCAGGAACGUGGAAGCUGUUCAGGUCAUUCUGAGACGAAGAGCCAAGCUCGAUUUACAAGACAAGCAUGGGCUCUCGGCCAUCCACUUAGCGGCCUGGUUUGGUAGCCUGGACAUCCUCAAACUCCUGGUGCAGGCUGGGGCGGACCAAGAGAUCGAGACCAAGGAGGGGCUGAACGUGAUGCACUGCGCUGCCAUCAACAACCAUACGGACAUCAUGGCCUACAUCAUCGACGACCUGCAGAUGAAGGAGCUGGACAAGAGAAAUAAGCAAGGGAACAGGCCGUUUGCUGUGGCUGCGGAGCAUGGUUCUGUGCGGAUGCUGCAGAUGCUGAUGGAGGAGAAGUACAACAUGGCCACUGUAGAGCCCAAUGAGGACGGGGAUACUCCUCUCCACCUGGCAGCCAAAAAUGGGCAGCCAGAGGCCCUGCAGCUGCUCCUGGACCACUUUGAUACUCGCGAUGAAGUCAACAAGGCUGGGGAGACGGCCCUGUUCCUGGCUGCAGAUGGAGCCCAUGAGGGGUGUGUGGAAGCCCUGCUGGAGGCUGGCUGUGACCCCAACAUCUCCACCCAUGUCAAGAGCUCCCCAUUGCACUGUGUGUGUGAAAAAGGUCACACUUCACUGGUGAAGAUCUUCUGUGGCAAUGGCGCUCAUCUGGACACACGGAACCAGCACUUGCAGGCUCCUCUGCACCUGGCCGCCAGGAACUCUCACCUCCCCGUCAUUCACGCGCUGCUAGAGGCUGGCUGCGACCCCAAUGUCACCGAUCAUAUGGGACAGACUGCUCUCCACAUUGCGGCAGAGCUCGGCAAGGUGGAUGUGGUUGAAAUGAUCUUGAAAGCUGAUUUGGACUUGGAGCUGGAGGACAGGCAAGGCAAGACUGCUCUAGGUGUAGCGGCCCGUGCUGAUGCUGUGAUGGUGGUGGACAUGAUCAUCAAAGCAGAAAGAUACUUCCACUGGAGAAUGACGAACGCGGUGACUAAUGAGAUUCUUCACAAUGAAAUACCGCUGACGUUCAAAGUGGACCAUCGGGGCAACACCAAGCAGCUCCGCGACACCAUGUGGAACUUGGCUUACAAGUGCUUCAAGCUCAACGACUGGAGGAGGCUGGCAGAGCACUGGGGCUUCACUGAGCACCAAAUGGCCGCCAUUGAGGAGCAGUGGACAGGGCCCAAGAGCUACCAGGAGCACGGGAACAGGAUGCUUCUGAUCUGGCUUCACGGCGUCAUCAGCACGCAGAGGAGUGCGGCUAAGGGGCUCUACGAGGGGCUCCUCUCCAUCGGGAACAAAAAACUCGCAGAGAAAAUACGAAUGAAGGCAGAUGUCGGUACAAAGAAAAAAUGCACAAUUUCGUGACGAAAGACCAGGAGAGACAUUUCUACAUACAUUGCCAAUAUGGAAAUCAACAUCACACUUUCUUCACAGGACCUUUUAUAGAUUCACUUUUUUUUGCACCUUUGUCACACUUAACAUGUUUAGAUAAUCAAAUAAAUUUAAAUACUCAACAAGGAUAACCCAAGUAAACAUAAAAUGCAGUUUUUCUGUGAUUAUUUUAUUUGUUGUGCCAUGUAGGCUCAGAUAGCCCUUUUCCAUUUAUAGAUACAAUUGCCUCUUAAAACGCGUUUUUUUCUUUUGUUUGUUUACUUGGGAUUACAUCAAGUGUCCUUGAUCUGAAAUGUUUAACCCUAAAGCGACCGACUGGGGUCAUUUAUGA